GAAGCUGCUGCAGGUGAAAUGAUACAGCUAGUUCAGCGAGUUCUUGCGCCAGAGUUCAGCUGUUUAAAACACUGACGACUUCAACAAACCAGAAUGGAACCGUCAUAUUAACCCGUACACGAGAUCUUCAACAGAGGCCUCUGCAGGUAUGGAAAACGGAGGCUCGAUGAAUUUAUUGGACUAUGGGGAGGCAUUGUGGGAAUUCGCAGAGAAGAACCGGUGCAUCUUGUGCCGUUUUAUCAAUCCUAACAAGCUGACCUCAUACCUGCGCCAAUGCAAGGUCAUCGAUGAGCAGGACGAAGAUGAGGUGCUCAACUCUCGCCUGCUGGAAUCCAAAGUCAGCCGUGCAGGUCGAUUGUUGGACAUCCUGCACACGAAAGGAGAACGAGGAUAUGUGGUUUUUUUAGAGAGUCUGGAACUGUACUACCCUGACCUCUAUAAACUUGUCACGGGGAAGGAACCUACCCGCAGAUGUUCAACUAUAGUCGUGGAAGAGGGCCAAGAGGGGCUCAUCCAGUUUUUAAUGAAUGAAGUCAUAAAGUUGCAGAAUCAAUCGAAGGCCAAAGACGUGCAGCGGAUGGACGUCAUGACCAAAUGUCGUACGCUAGAGGACGAGCAUAAGAAGCUAAGGCUGGCUAAUCAAGAGCUGCUUACCUUCCAAGAGCGUUACAAUAAGAUGAAAGAAGAGCGCAAUAACUACAACGACGAACUCAUCAAGGUGAAAGACGACAACUAUCAGCUGGCCAUGCGAUAUGCCCAGCUCAGCGAGGAGAAGAACAUGGCUGUUAUGAGGAGCCGAGACUUGCAACUAGAGAUUGACCAGCUAAAACACAAACUCAACAAGGUUGAGGAAGAAUUUAAGAUGGAGAGAAGACAGUCUCUGAAAUUAAAGAGCGACAUCGAGAGCCGACCGCGGAAAGAGCAGAUAUUCGAGUUGGAGCGAGAGAACGAGGUCUUGAAGAUCAAACUCCAGGAGUUACAAUCCAUCAUACAGCCGGGGCCUCUACCUGAUUCGGACAAGGCCAUCUUGGAUAUCCUGGAGCACGACAGACAGGAGGCUCUGGAGGAUCGCCAGGAGCUAGUUAACAGACUGUAUAAUCUGCAUGAGGAGGUUCGACAGGCCGAAGAGCUGAGGGACAAGUACCUGGAAGAAAAGGAGGACCUCGAACUCAAGUGCUCCACUUUGGUGAAGGACUGUGAAAUGUACAAAAACCGCAUGAAUACCAUCAUGGUGCAGCUUGAAGAGGUGGAACGUGAACGAGACCAGGCAUUCAAGUCAAGAGAUGACGCUCAACACCUCGCGUCUCAGUGUCUGAUCGAUAAAGAUAAAUAUCGCAAGCAAAUACGGGAGUUAGAGGAAAAGAGCGACGAGCUUCAAAUCGAGAUAGUACGUAAAGAAGCCAAGAUUGUCAACUUGGAGUGCAAACUAAGACGUAUGUCCAAGGACAAUGGCCUGGAUCAGAGUUUACCAAGAGACCUUACUCCGCAAAUCAUAGCUGAGCGCUUCGGCCAUCCUGACCCAAAUACAGGAGGACCUUCAGAGGAUUCUGGAGAAGAUCCUGUAGAUGAUCACAAGUUCACACGCAGAUAUAACAUCAAAAGAACAAAAUCUCCAAUUACUGCACCAAAAACACUGCCGUUUCACACCACGCCUGUGACCAAUGGAGAUUCAUCAGAACCUGCGAUCGGUGGCAACCUUAGUCCAGUCAAUAGCACGCUCAGUUAUCCUUUAUCGGAUAUCUGCAAAAAUUUGCGUUGCCGUAAUGAUAGCAUAUUGUCCACUGCACCUGAGCCUCCGGAUCAUCAAUCUAUUGUCAGAAGGAUCAAGGAGAAUCCAAACUCCCAAUUCAAGUGUGUUCCUCUUUCAGACACAGCAGACACUGACAGUGGAGACAAUGCAGAUAUGGAUGAUCAUGACCUGGACAUGUCGUCCUACGCGCCUUCAUCCAUCCACUCAUCUUCAUCAUCCUACCAGUCUGAUACAAUGGACUGCUAUGAUCUGGAGCAAGUCCGUAAAAUCUUCAGGAAGUUCUCUUUGGAGAGACCGUUUCGUCCUUCAUUGACUUCAGGUCCUAUACUCAGCUCAAUGCGGCCUGCGAAAAGCCUUUCUCUCUCAGGAGAAAACCUUCUGUCAGAAAUCAGUCUGAUUGGUGGAAACGAGAGUGGCAUUUUUGUGGCCUCUGUCCAGCCUGGCUCUAAUGCGGAUCGGGCCGGGGUUAAGGUUGGCCACCAUCUCUUAAUGCUGGAAGGCAGUGUCCACGGAGAAGCCCAGAAUGUGGCUUUGGACACAUGCACCAAAGAAGAAGCUCACUGGACCCUGCAGAGGUGUACCGGAGAGGUACAUCUCCAUUACAAGUGCAACUGUGAUGGCUACAGACGGCUGCUAAAGGAUAUUGAAGAUGGAGCGGUGGUGUCCGGAGACUCCUUUUACAUACGUCUCAAUCUGAACAUCUCCAGUCAGUCGGACAACUGCUCUUUAAACGUACGGUGUGAUGAGGUCCUCCAUGUGUUGGAUACCAUGCACCAGGGCAAGUGCGAAUGGCUGUGUGCUCGUGUAGAUGCUUUCACCAACAAGGACCUGGAGAGAGGCACUAUACCAAGCUACUCCAGAGCUCAGCAACUUCUCUUGGUGAAGAUUCAAAAGGUGAUGUGUCGUGGAGGUCGAGAGGAAAUCGACACUCUGCGGGGGCUUCGGCCUGAGGAACCCACACCAUCUUCAGACCCCAAGUUUAGUCCACGGAUGUCCAGGGCCGGCAUCUUCAUCUGUCAGAUAUUACAGUUUGUCAGCAGGGCAGAUAACAAGUAUAAGAGGAUGAACAGCAGUGAGCGUGUCCGCAUUGUCAAUGGAGGAAAUCUAUCAUCGGUUUCCAGACCAGGUUUUGAAACGCUGAAGCCCGAGGACGCCUCUGACCCGGAGAGUGAAUUAAAUAAGAGCUUGAACCUGAUACCGUAUAGUCUUGUGACCCCACACCAAUGUCAACGCAAAAGACCCGUCUUCUUCACGCCCAACGUUUUGGCUAAGACCAUCGUCCAGAAGUUCCUCAAUCUUGGAGGUGCUAUGGAAUUCAACAUCUGCAAACCAGACAUUCUGACAAAAGAUGAAUUCCUCAUAAAACAGAAGAUAGAGCCCAUCAUUUAUUCCAAAGAAAAACAAGCAGCCACAUAUGAAUGCAUCACCCCAGAAAACAUUGAAGCGGUGGCUUUCAAGAAUAAGCACUGUUUAUUGGAAGCUGAUCUGAGCUGCGUGAAAGACCUGCUGAGAAGAGAAAUCUACCCCAUUGUGAUCUUCAUUAAAAUCUGUGAAAAGAACAUCAAAAAAUUAAGAAGGCUGCCACUGAGAGUGGACUCUGAGGAGGAGUUUUUGAAGAUGUGCCGCUCCAAAGAGAAAGAGCUGGAGCCUCUACCUUGUUUGUAUGCCACCGUGGAGCCGGACUCCUGGAGUAGUGUGGAGGAUCUUCUUAAGAUCAUUAAGGACAAGAUUUUUGAAGAGCAAAAGAAGAUUGUCUGGGUCGAACAGGAUCUGCUCUAGGUGGGCUGUUGUAAACAAAUGGGAAGCACAGGAUAGGGAUCCACCCGUGAUAACAGUGCGAGGGGUUUAUGUUGUGUCUGCACACCGAAACACGGUCUGGUUCCAGCUCUGGGUAGAUCUAUCCAACACAGGAACAGGAAGUGACUCUGUCAAAAGACGCAGAUGGGCUGGGUGUGUACAAAACAAAUUAUAUAAUGCAUGAAGAAGGAAUUGUGUCAUAUGAUGCCCCUGAGAAAUAUAUAGUAAGGAGUUCUUACUUCUCUUUAAACAAAGCCUUUGUGACUAAAACAAACUUCGCACUGCCAACUGCAUUUUGCUUUUAAACACAAAUUUAUGUGAAUGACUGUAAAUGCUUUUAGGGUUGCAAUAUACAGUAUCCACAGUAAAUAUUUGAAAUAUAUAUUUUAUUACUUUACUAUUUCCGAAAAUUCUUACGUCUAUAUUUAUUUUAAUAUAAACCCACCGUAUGUUGUUAGGAAUGUGUUCGUUGAAUGUGACUUCAAGUGUGUCGGUUUCCGCUGCUACACUCUAAAAAAUUUGCUGUAAUUUUGCAGCUGGUUGCCAGUAACUUACUGUAGAAGAUAAAGUCAAAAAAUGUUUCAUGUUCAUUUAACUUUGAACAAAAUGUUGCCAGUAAACAACAUAAAUGUAAAAUCUACAGUAAGUUACUGGCAGCUAGUUGCCAGUAAUACCCAUUAAUACCGUAAUUUCUACAGACAUUUUUUACAGUGUACCUACCUGCUUGCCAAGGUUUUAAAUGCUGCAUGCUGUAGUUCAAUGGCAUUAAAUUUGUUUCAUUGUUUUUACAUUUAAGCUUACGACUGUAGCUUCAUCUUCUCUAGAUGUUAUCAUAGAAGUGAGGAGUUCAGAUGCAAGGGCCUCUAAGGGCGUCUUGACAUGUUUUCUUGUAAGUUAGCAUUUUUAUCAGGCUCUUAUGUUUAGGUUCAGUAAUUUCACUUUAAUGUCGAUUAAAAAGUUAUCAGUAACUGAAAUGUUUUAUUUUCACAAAUGUCAAUUCAUUGUCUUUCGCUGCAAAACCCUCUAAGUGCAUCCAAGCUCCACAUCUAAAAAAUAAUCCACUUCUUUUGACAAAACAUAGUAAACUGUUUCAAAAUCACUAAAGAUUGCAAUGAUUGUAAAAAUUAAGAAACUAAUUCACACAUAAGGAUGCGCUGUUAUGCAUGUGGCUGCCACAUUCGGGUUGUAUUGGUGUCCAAAUACUCUCAAGGGACCCAAGUUUGACUCUAAAGCGAGCGUCGUGCCAUGAAUUUAAACACAAAACAUAUUAUUUUCUAUGAAUGUACGCACAUCGGCGGUGGCUGUCCGCUGUGACUCAGGACGCUGCUCAAAUCCCUGUCGCGCCACUCACAUAGUUUAACAUUAAAUAACAUCAUAUUUGUCCCAAAUCAUUAGCGAUUAACAUUGGCUGCUAACGUAUAUUUUGUUUUUUGAAGUAGACGCUAUCUGACUAAGCUCUUGCUAUCUAAUGUGCACUUCUGGUGUACGAUACCUCCAAGUUGUCCUAGAUGCGACGUGGCACUGCACAUGUCGUCCGGUGUGCGACCCCCUUAAGGGGUGGUUUCCAGGACAGGGCUUAGAUAAAUACAGGACUAGGCAUUAGCUAUUACAAAAAACAAUACUGGUUUGCAUCUUGAGACAAAACAUUGGCACUGAUAUAUGUUAAGAUAUGUCUGUACAAGGUGUUUUUAAAGUAAAGCUGCUAAAACAUUCAUUUUAGUCUGGGACUAGGAUAAACCCUGUCUGGGGAACCCUCCCUAAAUCAUUCAUCUUACGUGCACAUAGAGGAAUUUGCUGAAAAAUCAAUGUGACGUUUAGCGGAUUCUGCGUAUUAGUAUUUCUGAAUGGUCCGAGGUCAGAAUUAAACAGAUUUAAAGCAAAGGUGUUUGUUUAAAAAGACAUUUCACUUUUUUUUGAAAAUAUGCUAAUUUUUCCAGCUCCCCUAGAGUUAAACAUUUGAUUUUUACCAUUUUGGAAUCCAUUCAGCUGAUCUCUGGGUCUGGCGCUAGCACUUUUAGCAUAGCUUAGCACAAUCCAUUGAAUCUGAUUAGACCAUUAGCAUCGCACAAAAAAAAUAACCAAAGAGUUUUGAUAUUUAUCCUAUUUAAAACUUGACUCUUCUGUAGUUACAUACAAGGACUUUGCUGCCGUAACAUGGUCGUAGUGAUAUUACGCACUGCUCGAAAAUAGUCCCCUUGGUUACUAUCAAUAGUUAUUUUUUAGCGCAAUGCUAAUGGUCUAAUCAGAUUCAAUGGACUGUGCUAAGCUAUGCUAAAAGUGCUAGCGCCAGAUCUGGAGAUCGACUGAAUGGAUUCCAAAAUGGUAAGAAUCAAAUGUUUAACUGGAAAAUGAGCAUAUUUUCAAAAAAAGUGGAGUGUCCCUUUAGCAUAUAAUAAGUUUCGAGGGCAUUAUGUAAAUAUCAUAUCUCAGUUUUAACGCAGACGGCGGUUAGCUGCUCUUGCAUCUGUGCUCCUCAAAUGAUGUCUUUGUAUAAGAGUUGUUUCUGUCAUUUCUGAUGUAUAGCCAAAAUCCAAACACCCUCUGUACAGAUGACUGCUUGCCAUCCAAACAUUUCAUAGUUUAUGGGUAGUUUAAAAUAGUUUUAGAUAAAGUAUAGCAUGCCAUACUGCAGUACACUGCUGUCAGUGAUUGACGUGUCAUGGAAACUACCAUCCCACCCUUCUGGUCUCUGUGAUUUAAACAUACAGUAGACAAAUGUAUAUAAUAUAUUUAUUGUUUAGGUUGAUGCUUUUGACAGGGUCAGUUUUUGUACCAAACUCUGGAUUUAACUACUAAGUAUGUAGGCGGCAUUUUUUAUUGAUCCCUAGAAUAUACAUAUUUGUAAAUGUGUAAUUAUUCAUGUCAGUGCCUUACAUACAUCAAAUCCUCCAAAUGAAAAAUAUACGCAACUUUUUUUUUACUUUGUUUUGUUUAUAUGUAAGUUAUAUACUGUAAACACAGGAAGGUAUUUGAUGUAGCCGACACAACAGUGCAUGAUGUGUUUUUUAUAUAAUAAAUGACUCUGAGCUGCAACGUU